GCCUUUUAACUGAGAAAUGGUGAUUGUGUGAAAUCCAGAUAGAGAGAGAGUAACUGUGUGUGUAUGUGAGAGAGAAGACGCAUCGGACGAUUCCGGCACCUUCGGAGUCUCGCCGACUGCAAGAUCGAUCUCUCAUUGGACCCACAUGUUGGCGCCAAAAUUACUAUCCUCUUACUGCAGCCAAAAAUUCGCAUAUUUGCCCAGAGGAACGGUGAUUACGUACGUAUAUAUAGAGGAAAUAAUCGAGAUGUUAUUUGAACGACGGGAUCGGACUGCCGAGGGUCUUUAAACGGCAGAGAUUUUGUAAAUCCGCUUGAUUUUGAAGGGAUUUGAUAGUUCGAGUACUGUUUCGAUUUCUGUGCAAAUAAAGUAUUUUUUGUAUGCAAUCGGGUGGGGGGAACCAACAGGGAGUUGGUGGCGGAGCUCCCGGAAAUGGACGGAAUCCGGCGGCUAUUGGGCCAUCGUGUUCAUCCGCAUCGCCAUCAUCUUCUUCUUCGGCUGUUUCUACACCGCGGUUGGGAUUUGAUUCCAUUCCGCAACAGCAGCAGCCAAGACAGUUUUUAAGAAAACCUGAAGGUAAUGAGUCCAUUCUAGCAUUCCAAGCUGGUGGUCUCCAAGGAGCCUUGGGUGAGAGCAAUUUUGCUUCACCUUCUGUAGCCGCUCAGAUGUCUCACCCGUCUAGGAAGUUCAUUGAGUUGGCUCAACAAAGCAGUGGUGCCUUUUCUCGGGAUGAGGGUCAAAGUAGGGGACAGGGAAUUGAGCAUCCAAUGCACAAUCCUCUACAUCAAGCAUACCUUCAGUAUGCUUUUCAGGCAACCCAGCAAAAAUCUGCCAUGGGGCCGCAAUCCCAACAAGGAAUAAAAACAGGUAUGUUAGGGCCCCCACCACCUGCCAAGGAUCAAGACCCAAAUAUAGGAAAUUUAAAGAUGCAAGAGUUUAUUCAGGCUACAAACCACCCACAGUCCACAUCAUCAAAGAAGCCCCUAGAACGUCUUGCUCAAUCUGAAAAACAAGCAGAUCAAGUUCAACAUAUAGUCAUUGAACAGAGGAAUGAUAUGAAGCCUCCCAUGCAGCCUAUGCCACAAUUACUUCAUGGAAAUGUUUCGAGGCCCUUACAAACACAUCUGGCUCAACCAUCCAUUCAAAAGAUGGCAAACAGCCAAGCUACAAUGGCUGCACAAAUUCAGGCUUUGGCCUUUCAGCAUAACAUAGAUUUGUCAAAUCCUGUUAAUGUUAAUAUGAUGACACAAUUCGUACAGUCUAGAAUGCUUGCUCAACAGAAGCAAAACGAAAGCAAUGUGAGUUCACAGACUUUGCCUGCUUCUGUACCAAAACAGCAGGUUACUCCACCAUCCGCUGCAAUUGAGACUUCUCUUCCUGGUAAUUCCUCAACCAAUGUUUCAGGGCAGUCUUCCCUGGCGAAAUCUAGGCAAGCAGCUCCUGCCGUUCAUUUUGGCAUGACACAGAAUGUUGCAUCAGUUGACUGUUAUACUGGUAUCCCUGCUCAACAGUUUCCAGCUAAUAGUAGAGAGAACCAGGCACCUCCUGGUCAGAAGCUAAUGACAGGUAAUGGAAUGACUCCAGCCUUGAUGAAUACUCAGCUACCUACGAGUUUGAAUCAUGGUGUAGAUCAUACGUCAAAUAUGAAAAAUCCAGUUGCUGGUUCAGAAACAACAUAUCAAAUGCAACGCUCCAGACAGUUGAGCCAAUCUUCUCCUAGGUCUGGAGAAGGGGGUUUGCUGGACCCUUUUUCAUCUGAGGGAGCAGCACAGGUGCCUCAGCGUUUAGGAUUCAGUAAACAACAACUACAUGUUCUCAAGGCACAAAUAUUAGCGUUCAGGCGUCUUAAGAAAGGAGAUGGUACUCUUCCACAGGAACUUCUGCAAGCUAUUGCACCGCCACCUCUUGAAAUGCAACAUCACCAAGGAAUUCCUCCUUCUUUGGCAACUAAUCAUGACAGAUCUGGUGGGAGAACUACAGAAGACCGAAGUAGUCCAUUGGAAGCAAAUGAAAACAACCUUCAGGUCAUAGCAUCAUCAAGUGCACCUAAGAACUUAAAGGAGGAACCAUUAAGUGUUGAGGAAAAACCAACUGAUGUUACCAUGUUCAUUCAAGGUAAGGCAUCUGUAACAAAGGAUCAGACACCAAUAGCUUCUAAUCGAAAGGAUGAGCAGCAGACUACUGCUGCUUCCCUCAAUCCUGAACAGGAAGGUGAAAGAAGUAGCCAGAGAACUUCCAGUAGACUUGAUAUACCGGUAGAUAAGGGAAAGGCAGUUGUACCACAAGUUCCUGACAAUACUCAAACCAAAAAUUCAGUUCAAAGCAGCAAUAUUUCUCUGCCCAAAGAUGUCAGCGCUGCCAAAAAAUAUCAUGGGCCUCUGUUUGAUUUUCCCUUUUUUACCCGGAAACAUGACUCCUUUGGGGGCUUGAUGAUGAUGAACAAUGAUAGUAACUUGACACUGGCAUAUGAUGUCAAGGACAUCCUUCUGGAGGAAGGAAGUGAUUUCCCCGGCAAGAGAAGAGCAGAAAGUUUAAAGAAGAUUGGUGGAUUACUUGCUGUGAACUUAGAGAGGAAAAGGAUUAGGCCGGAUCUUGUUUUGCGAUUACAAAUAGAAGAGAAAAAACUCAAGUUAGUAGAUCGUCAGGCACGCUUAAGGGAUGAGGUUGAUCAACAGCAGCAGGAGAUAAUGGCAAUGCCUGAUAGGCCAUACAGGAAAUUUGUUCGACUUUGUGAACGUCAGCGUAUGGAACUUAUUAGACAAGUGCAAGCCUCCCAGAAAGUCAUGAGAGAGAAGCAGCUUAAGUCCAUAUUUCAGUGGCGCAAGAAGCUCCUUGAGGCUCAUUGGACAAUUCGUGAUGCAAGAACUGCACGAAAUAGAGGAGUUGCUAAAUAUCAUGAGAGAAUGUUGAGGGAAUUCUCAAAGAGAAAAGAUGACGAUCGAAACAAAAGGAUGGAAGCAUUGAAAAAUAAUGAUGUUGAGAGGUAUAGGGAAAUGUUGCUGGAGCAGCAGACUAGCAUUUCUGGUGCUGCUGCUGAGAGAUAUGCUGUUCUUUCAUCGUUUUUGACCCAGACAGAAGAAUACCUCAAUAAACUGGGAAACAAGAUAACUGCUACAAAGAAUCACCAGGACGUUGAGGAGGCAGCCAAUGCUGCAGCACUAACUGCUCGAUCUCAGGGAUUAUCUGAAGAAGAAGUGAGAGCUGCUGCAGCUUGCACAAGAGAAGAAAUGGUGAUCAGAAAUCGAUUUUCUGAAAUGAAUGCACCCAAGGAUGGCUCAUCUGUAAACAAGUAUUACAGCCUUGCACAUGCGGUGAAUGAAAGGGUAACAAGGCAACCGUCAAUGUUGCGUGCUGGAACAUUACGAGACUAUCAACUUGUUGGCUUGCAAUGGAUGCUUUCUUUGUAUAACAACAAGUUAAAUGGAAUUUUGGCAGAUGAGAUGGGCCUUGGGAAGACUGUACAGGUGAUGGCUUUGAUUGCUUAUCUGAUGGAAUUCAAAGGAAAUAAUGGCCCACAUCUUAUAAUAGUUCCUAAUGCCGUAUUGGUGAACUGGAAAAGUGAGUUACACACUUGGUUACCAUCUGUUUCCUGCAUCUACUAUGUUGGUACGAAGGAUCAAAGAUCGAGAUUGUUUUCUCAGGAGGUUUGUGCAAUGAAGUUCAAUGUCCUCGUGACGACUUACGAGUUUAUCAUGUAUGAUCGCUCAAAACUAUCAAAAGUUGAUUGGAGAUAUAUCAUUAUUGAUGAAGCACAACGUAUGAAGGAUAGGGAAUCAGUUCUUGCAAGAGAUCUUGAUAGAUAUCGUUGCCAAAGGCGCCUACUUCUCACAGGGACGCCUUUACAGAAUGAUCUUAAAGAACUUUGGUCUCUUCUAAAUCUUCUCCUUCCUGAGGUGUUUGAUAACAAGAAAGCAUUUCAUGACUGGUUUUCACAACCAUUUCAAAAAGAAGUCCCCACUCAUAAUGUGGAGGAUGAUUGGCUUGAGACUGAAAAGAAAGUUAUCAUAAUCCAUAGACUUCAUCAAAUAUUGGAGCCUUUCAUGCUUCGUCGUCGCGUUGAGGAUGUAGAAGGUUCAUUGCCCGCCAAGGUUUCCAUUGUUCUGAAGUGUCGGAUGUCAGCUAUUCAAAGCUCUGUUUAUGAUUGGGUUAAAUCCACAGGCACUCUUCGCGUAGAUCCUGAAGAAGAGAAGCUCAGGGUUGAAAGAAAUCCUAAGUAUCAGGUUAAAACAUAUAAAACCCUCAAUAACAGAUGCAUGGAACUCAGAAAAACUUGCAAUCAUCCAUUGCUCAACUACCCCUAUUUCAAUGACUUCUCCAAGGAUUUCCUUGUGCAAUCCUGUGGCAAAUUGUGGAUUCUGGAUAGGAUCCUCGUAAAGCUUCAGAGAACAGGACAUCGUGUUCUUCUCUUUAGUACCAUGACAAAGCUUCUUGACAUCUUAGAGGAAUAUCUGCAGUGGCGGCAACUUGUAUUCAGACGAAUCGAUGGGACAACUUCCUUAGAAGAUCGUGAAUCGGCUAUUGUAGACUUUAACAGCCCUGACACAGACUGCUUUAUCUUUUUGCUUAGUAUUCGUGCGGCAGGGCGAGGUCUCAAUCUGCAAUCUGCAGAUACUGUGGUCAUAUAUGACCCUGAUCCAAACCCUAAAAAUGAGGAGCAGGCGGUUGCUAGGGCCCACCGCAUUGGGCAGAAAAGAGAAGUGAAGGUUAUUUAUAUGGAAGCUGUGGUUGAUAAAAUCUCGAGCCAUCAGAAAGAGGAUGAAUUUAGAAGUGGAGGUAUAGUUGAUUCCGAGGAUGACCUAGCUGGUAAGGAUAGAUAUAUGGGCUCCAUUGAGAGCCUUAUCAGAAACAAUAUCCAACAGUACAAGAUUGACAUGGCGGAUGAGGUCAUCAAUGCGGGUCGUUUUGACCAGAGGACUACUCACGAAGAGAGACGUUCAACUUUGGAAACUUUGUUGCAUGAUGAGGAAAGGUACCAAGAAACUUUGCAUGAUGUGCCUUCUCUACAGGAAGUGAAUCGCAUGAUUGCGAGAAGUGAAUCGGAAGUUGAGAUCUUCGACCAAAUGGAUGAAGAAUUCGAUUGGACUGGGGAGAUGACAAGGUAUGAUCAGGUACCCAAAUGGGUUCGAGCCACUACCAAAGAGGUAAAUGCUACUGUUGCGGCAUUGUCAAAGAAGCCGUCAAAGAAUACCUUUUUAAAUGGAAUUGCUUCUGAUUUACCUGAGAAAAGGAGGGGACGUCCUAAGGGUAAAAAAGUACCUAUAUACAAGGAGUUGGAUGAUGAUAAUGGAGAGUUCUCUGAAGCUAGCUCUGAGGAAGGCCAUAAUAGAUAUUCUCCACAGGAAGAAGAGGGGGGAGUAGGGGAGUUUGAAGAAGACGAAGAAUUUAAUGGUGGCAAUGUUGAACGGCUUCAUAUUAAUAAAGACCAAUCAGAUGAAGAUGUUCCAAUCUGCAAUAGGAGUUAUGAGUACACCAAUCGCACUCGUGAAAAUGCAAGAAGAAAUCCGGUUCGUGUAAAAGCUGCAUGUUCAGGAUCAUCACCUGAGAGUGGGAAACAAAUGCAGGUGGCGUCGCCUACCAUAUCUUCUCAGAAAUUUGGAUCGCUUUCUGCUUUAGAUGCUCGUCCAAGCUCUCUUUCAAAAAAGCUGUCUGAUGAUUUAGAGGAAGGGGAAAUUGCUGUCUCUGGUGAUUCUCCCUUAGACCCCCAGCAGUCAGGAAGCUGGAUUCAAGACCGCGAUGAGGGUGAAGAUGAGCAGCAGGUUUUGCAACCCAAAAUAAAAAGGAAGCGUAGUAUCCGUCUCCGUCCUCGUCCUAUGGUGAAGAGAGUUGACGAGAAAUAUCCAAAUGAAAAAUUAUCUUUCAGUAGGAGCGAUUCUUCACAAUUGCCUUUUCAAUUGGACAAUAAAUACAAGGCUAAGCUUAAAGCGGCGGCUGUCUCAGAACCCAAAACACCUAUAGAGUCAAGUGUUGUUCCUAAACAUGAUCAAUAUGAUUCAUCUGUAAAAGGUAGGAGAAAUGCACCUGCAGGGAAACUAUCAAACACAUCCAAAUCACAUACUCCAAUCAAAGUUGGUAGAUCAACUACAUUGUCUACUACUUCCGGAAGUUCAGAAGGAAAAUUUACCAAAAACAGUGGGUCUGGAAUAGGCAGCAGUAAGAUGCCUGAUAUCAUUCAAAGAAGGUGCAAGAAUGUCAUGAGCAAGCUACAGAGGAGAAUAGAUAAGGAAGGCCCUCAAAUUGUUCCCCUGUUAACUGAUUUAUGGAACAGGAUUGAGAAUUCUGGCUACGUUAGUUCAGUUGGUAACUCCCUUUUAGAUUUGAGAAAGAUUGAUCAACGGGUUGAGAAAUUCGAGUAUAACAAUGUGAUGGAGCUCGUCAUUGAUGUCCAGUUCAUGCUAAAGAGUGCAAUGCAGUAUUUUGGCUUCUCACAUGAGGUGAGAUCUGAAGCAAGAAAAGUGCACGAACUGUUCUUCGACAUCUUAAAGAUUGCAUUUCCAGAAGAUGAUUUCCAAGAAGCCAGAAAUUCGGUUUCUUUCUCUGGCCCAAUGAUGUCACCAUCAACUUUAAGGCAGCAGACAGUUAUCAGCAGCCAAGGGAAGCGGCAAAGAGCAGUAAACAACAACGACGUAGAAUCUGAUCAUCCUGACCUACAUUCUGGACCGACCCCCAUUCAGAAACAGUUGACACGUAGCCAAUUACUUCAGAAGGAAUAUUCGAGGCUCGGCAGUAGCAGCAGCAGUAGCUCAUCAAGAAGAGAACAUGUUCAACUGCAAGACGAAACUCGAGCAGCAGCAGCAGCUGCAUUAGCUCAUCCAGGGGAGUUAGUUAUAUGUAAGAAGAAGAGGAAAGAUAGGGAGAAAUCGUCGAUUCAGAAGUUGGGCCGAGCUAGUCCAGGCUCAACUCCUAUAAGUCAAAGGGAGACCAGAUCUAGCGGUCAGCAUUCAAUCCAACAACAGGCUAGCGAUAGUGGUGUGGGUUGGGCGAAUCCGGUUAAGAGAUUGAGGACAGAUUCAGGUAGGAGGCGGGCAAGUCACUUAUGACAGAGUGUAUAAUUAUAUUUUGCCCGCCCGUAUUAGCUGCUCCUUUUGUUGGGCCGGGUCGGGUCAGUCCUUGUAGAGUCAGCCCGGGCAUGUCUGUAAGUCUAUUACUAUUGACAUAUAUAGUUUAUAUGUAGAUAUAAUAUGUUAAAGAUCAUUCAAUCUACUUGAAUAUGAUACUUUUAUUCUAAUGUUGAAUAAUAUUACUA